GCGACCGUUGCCAGGAAGUGACGUUGCGUAGUUACCAGGCACCGUGUUACUCCAGCUUUAGCCUGCUAACGCUAAAUUUGUUUUUAUUGCAGGUUUGCUCUGUAUUUAUUCUGAUUCCUGACAUUCUUUCUUAAGAAGAAACUUAAUUCUAACGUGAAAACGGUGUGUCGUGCCUUCUUUCGUUGGGUGUGCAGAGGGGAAAUUGCCAUGUUCAACCCCAGUGAACUGGAAGGUGAAGUGGAUCACUCGUUUUUCGACAGCGAUUGUGCUGAAAGCAGCACAGAUGCAGAACAUAAGGUGAAGAAAGGUUUGAAGGCUGAGAAGAAGAUCUCAAAAGCACAUGAUAAGUUACAUGCAAAACACAGAGAGAAUUAUCGUGGCGAUCUGUCAUCAAGGAGUGAUCAGACAAGAAAACAUCUAAAGCAAGCGGAGACCUAUAAUAGGAGCAGUAGAUCAUCCGUUUCCACUACAUCGGAUAAAAUCAGCAAUGAAAGCAGUGAUAGUGAAGAUUGCGCCAAUUUAGAACCUAAAAGGUCCAGUAGAACAUUCAUGGCUUUACUGGCUGAAGCCAAAGAGGUAGAUAAUACAGAUGUUUACAUUCAGAGUCCAAAAGAGACCAAAGGAGAAGCAUUACCAUUCAGUGCCAGCUCUAAAAGGAGAAAUAAACAAUCUCCUAAAAAAGUAAUAAGAAAUUUGCACAACCAAAGUCCUUCAGCUCCUCCAAGCAGGUCUGAGAGUCCUUCUCUUUCAUCGACUGAGACCAGCACAGAUGCAGACUCUGAGGGCUCCUAUAGCAGUAGCAGUCACCAGAGCAGCUUAGAGUCCCCUGCCCUCCCGAAAACAAGUGCAACUUCUUCUUCAUGUCCAGGAAUAAGAAGGACCAGAGUAGGCUCAGCAAGGCCUCGUGAUUUUCCUGUUCUCCAUACGGCAGACUCAGAUGAUUCAGUGACAGAUGUGACCCCACUCUCCUCACCUGACACCAGUCCUCUUCAGUCACUGGACUUGAAUGUCACAGAGGUCGAAGAAGAAAGUCAUAAAGAGGAGCAGCCGCAGCAGAGUGUGCCCUCCAGUGGUCUUAGAAACAUACAAGAUGAUGACUCAGAUCAGGAUGUGGAUGAGUGCUCUCUCAAUUUAGAAAGUCAGCUUGGAAGAAAACUGGUCUUCCACUAUCCUGGAGGGAGAAACAGGAAAAACUACUCCUUCAGCAAUGAAGAGGUUCGGCGCAUUGAUUUAGAGAAUCAGCGACUACUUCGCGAGCUGUCUCGCCUCUCUCCGGGUCCCAGAUCGGGAAGCGCACCAGUGAAGAAAAGCCACGGGGCAAGUAACUCUCCUCGAAUUCGCCUCACUCACAGUGCAGUGAACAGGCAACGAGAACAGCAACGGAUUGAGCGGGAGAACCUGGCUUUCCUGAAGAGGCUGGAGUCUGUGAAGCCCACACCUGGCCUGAGGCGCUCAGAGCAACUGGCAGACUAUCAGCGCCAAGCCGGAUACCUGGGAGGUUCUUCAUUUCCCAUCUGCAGGUCCACCACAAAGAAAGAUCGAUCUAGCAGCAGGACUACCUCCGCAGGUCCCAGGUCAGUCAACUCCAGGGCAUCACUCCCCUCCACUGACUCCAGCAGCAGACCUUCACCCAGGUCAAAAAAAACAGGUGCAGCGCGGGCAGCAUGGUGCUAAGAGCGCUGUUUAACAUUUAAUCUGCUAAAAUCUGGUUUCUGUUAUCCAUAUUCAGUUGAUAUCUUUGCAUCACAAAAUAUUAAAAAAGGAACAAAGCUCAAAGGUUCUUGUCACAUAAAUGUGUUCAGCAUACUUUCAUCUGGCUUAAUCAACUCUUCAGUGAUUUUCGUGUAACCAUGCUUAUCCAUUAUAAACAUUUUCUUUGAAUCUGAAAUAUGGUAUGUGUGACUUCCACAGCAGUGUCGCAGUACCGAAGUUAGCUGCACAAGCAGAAGAUAUUGUUUUGUUGAAGGUAUAAAUGUACAAAUUAUUGUUUAUUAUGACUGAAUUUCAGUUCCUAUAAAUGUAACCUUUUUUUUUAACAUUGCUUGAUUAAAUGGGAUACACAAAAAA